GGUUGGAGCCGGAGGAGAGCAGCAAGGGGAGCAAGAAACUGGACGCCAUGACGCUGAUCAAGGAAGACAUGUCCAUCUUCGGCCACUGCCCGGCGCACGACGACUUCUACCUGGUGGUGUGCAACCACUGCAGCCAGGUGGUGAAGCCGCAGGCCUUCCAGAAGCACUGCGAACGGCGUCACGGCCCCCUCAGCAAGCUGUACGCCAAGUGCCACGCCGUCAACGGGCAGCCGGCGGGCAAGGCGCUGCGGGACAAGGCACCGGGCGCCCGCAGCCGGGCACAGCCGCUGCCGGAGAAGGCGCAGAAGGACAACAACCUCUG